GAUCGCGGAUGAUAGACAGAACAGUGCUUUUAUAAUUGGUACAAUGACAUACUACGUGGUUCUUGUGCUAAUUAGUUUGGCAGUUUCCACACAAAGUUUGCCACCAAGAAUAAUUGCAUCGAAGGAAUCGAUAUGCUACCCAUUCUCGUUCGUCAGCCGUGAAGAAUGGAACGCCAGGCCUCCAAAAUCCAUCUCCACACAGAACUUACCGGUGCCCUUAGUUGUGAUACACCACACGUAUAUACCUAGAGCCUGCUACAGUCAAUCGGAAUGUUCCAGAUCAAUGCGAGCCAUGCAAGAUACCCAUAUGAUUACCAACGGCUGGGCUGAUAUUGGAUAUAAUUUUGCAGUGGGUAGUGAUGGCGUGGUUUACGAAGGACGCGGCUGGAACCGGGUGGGAGCGCACGCGGUCGGCUACAACGUCAAUAGUGUAGGCAUUGUCCUUAUCGGCGAUUGGGUUUCGGCUGUACCUCCUAAACAUCAACUGGAUGCUGUUAAGGAUCUAAUAAACGUAGGCAUUGAGCUAGGAUACAUCAGUCUUGACUACAAGUUGAUCGGACACAGGCAAGUCGGAGCAACGGAGUGCCCCGGCGAAGCGCUAUUCAACGAAAUAAAUAAGUGGGACAGAUUUACACAUGCUUUAUAAAUUUGUUUAGUGAAUAAUUGUUACAGCUUUGUUAUUUGUUUGUUAUGAAUUUACUAUAAAGGUUG